CUAACUAAUCAUAUAUUAUUUGAUAGCUAUUAAACCGAAUCAAACAAUAAUGAUGUUGUAGUUUGCACUCAAGACUUGUAGCCGUCAAUCCCACAUCAUUACCGACACUUCCUGUCACUUUCUACAUAGCAAGUAUCGCUAACAACGUGAACCAACUAGAACAUUCUGGUAAUCAUCCCCUACAUAUUGGUAUAACGGGGAAGUUAAAAUCUAAUUAUUUUUUAACAGACAGUCGAAGUCAGUAGUUUACACAGUAGAUAGCAGACCAAGAACUUAAUUGAAUUGUUUAGGAAACAAUGUCUCGUGUAGGUCGCAGAUUGUGUUACGUUUUUUUCAUUACAAUAAACACACUUGAAAUGUGCUGUAAGGGAUCGCUAGAGAAAGGUGACUUAAUGUUUACUGUCAAUAAUAUACGUCUUCUAAAGAAACCAAGCCAGACUUUGAUAGCCGUGCCAGGCUCCAGGCUUGAACUUCGAUGUUGGACAACGAGAUCAGGAGAUAAUGUGACAAUGACAAGCUCUCAUGGAGUUUCAAUAGCAGAUCAUUUUAAAAACUUUAGCUCACUUGUGAUCCCAGCGAUGACUUGCACAGAUACUGGAAGCUACUUCUGCCAAACAAACAGCAAGUCUGCUCGGCGAGUUGAUAUUGCUAUGAUGAUGAAGUGUCCUCCACGACUGUGUCACAGACAGCCGUCUUUAAAACAACUAAGAGCGAACCUUGGAGAAAACAAAUCAAUCAUUCUUUGUGUUGUGGCGGCUAAUUUGAAUGACACCAUAUUUAAAUUAAAUGGUCAGCGUCUUAAUCUGUUGCCAAGAGACUACUAUAGGAAAGUCAACGUACAACAAGAGAAAUAUCAACAUAACAAGUAUCAACUUUCUUCUCGACCAAAUAGAAGAAAUAGCUUCACAUAUCUGCUCACCAUUUCGAUACUUAAUCUUACUUUACAGGACUUGGGCCACUAUACUUUUGUUCUACAAUCAGAACAUGGUCAGAGGAUAAAGUUUUCGUUUUUCAUUUACUGCAACAGGUGUUUCUUAUGUCAGGAACAAGUCAAGAAACAUCUGCUUGUUGGAUUCAAUGCUACAAUAGUUAGAGUACGCUCUUCUUUGGGGAGGUUUAAGAUCCACAGUUUUAGAAGCUCAAGGACGCGAAGAAUUGGGAAAAAAACACGCAACUCUCUAAGCAAUGCCAUUUAUGACAUCACAAAGAAGUGUGGAUCUUUUUCUUGCACAGUGUUUGAUACCUAUGGAGCAAAGCUAAAAGGAGACUUAGACGUCCUGAACCAAUUAUGCCCGCCUUUUCAAACAGAAUCAAUAGUAACUCAAUAUAAACAUGGCGAUCAGCGGCAGUACAGAUUCCAGUUCAUCUCCACUGAAAACAUAUCAACCACUGCACAACUCGAUAAUGAGACUCUAGUCAUCAACAAUAAAGACCAAACACAAGAAGUGAGUCUUCAAUGCAGAAAUAAACUCUUCAAGUACAAGUGCACUUUCAAACAUAGCAAUGCUACAAACAACGUGAUGAAAUUGACCAUCAAAGACGUGAGUAACAGAAGCUUCACACUUAAGUUGCAGUACAGAAGGAACCAUCGCAUUAAAACAAGCAAGAGAAUAAAGAAAAUAUUCUUUGAGGACGAAAAGUAUCUGAAAUUCAAACUUAAGAUACAUCCAGACAGAACAUUGAAGAAACUACAAAUUUCAGGAGAGACAGUGACAUCAAAUACAUCAAGCAAUGAAGCAAGUUAUUUCAUUUUAAGUAACAAGACAAUUGUUACAGUGGUGAUACGAAAUGUAACAUUGUAUAACGAGUGUAUCAGCUCGUCUUGUUCUGCUCGUGUAAUAACCCAAGGAAGACAGAAACUUUACAAAAGAAAUGUGCGGUUAAAGUUUAUAAGAAGGGACACAAGGAAAGAAAAACAAGCCAACAACCAAACUCAAGUUAUUUUUACAGUCAACAAUGUAUCAGGUGAAGGGGAAACUUUUCAAUUUUUAACAUUCCCUGAUACUAGGACUUCCUUGAACUGCUCGGGGGUUAAUGCAAGCAUCAAGCACGAAAACAAUCUUCUUGUUAACUCUAGGAAAUCAUUGACGUCAGUAGUAAUAAACAAAACAAAGUGUAAAGAUCAAGGAAUCUACUACUGUUACUCAGGCAAUGCAGUUAAAACAUUGGCCAUGGGCAUUAAAUCAUGUAAGUCUUUAUAA